UUUUCUCAAAAAACAAUAACAUCAUUGAGAUCACUUUCCACGUCCUUGAUAGCUAAUCUGCCAAAAUACUUAAGUACUCUUAAAUUAAAAUACAUGCGUCAGCAGGUUUAAGAUUUCUUAAUUGCAGUACUCUUUAAAAGCCCGCUACGAAGCCCUUUGCACAAAAUAAUUAACCUUUCUCCUCUCCUUCAUUUUACAUCACAAUCCUCAUUCAAAGAAUAUCCUAAAUAUGAAUUCAACACAAAUUCCCCCAGAUGAAGAUGAAGAAGAUAUGUUACUAGCCAUGCAACUAAUCGGUCUUCGAAUCGUCCCUUACGCUAUAAAAACUGCAAUAGAACUGGAUUUAUUGGAGAUUAUUGCCAAGGCCGGACCUUUGGGAACUCAUCUCUCACCCUUGGAUUUAGCUUCCAAAGUCGCUGCAAGAAAUCCUGAUGCUCCAAUGAUGAUUGAUCGAUUACUACGUCUUCUUUCUGCUUAUUCGGUAUGUACUUGUAAAUUGGUGAAUGACAAAGAAGGAAAAGAAUUUAGAAUUUACGGACUGGGAAAAGCCGGAAGGAAACUUAUUAAGGAUGAAGAUAGAUUUUCUUUGGCGUCUACUCUGCGUUUUACCAACCCCAAAUUUGAAGGCGAUAUGUGCUCUCAACUCACGGCGUCAAUACUGGAGGGUGGAGCACGGGCGUACGAGAGAGUAUAUGGGGAUUUGAUCUUUAAGGAUAUGGAGAAGAAUGAAAAUAUACGAGCUGAGUUUAACGAGGCAAUGCUUAACCACACAUCAAUAGUAAUGAAGAAGAUACUAAAGACUUACAACGGGUUCAAUAGUCUUAGUGGUGGAGUUUUGGUAGAUGUUGGAGGUGGCUUAGGUGCAAAUCUUGCUUUAAUUCUCUCCAGGCUCCCAAAACUUAAAGGUGUUAACUUUGACUUGCCACAUGUCGUUUCAGAAGCUCCCAAAAUCAAAGGUGUAGAACACGUUGGUGGUGACAUGUUUGAUGCAAUUCCACGGGGUCAAGCCAUAUUCAUGAAGUGGAUACUUCACGAUUGGAACGAUGACCAAUGUGUGGCGAUAUUAAAAAACUGUAAGAAAGCAUUACCAAAAAAUGGCAAAGUCAUUAUAAUUGAAUAUAUAAUGCCGCGAGAAAUAUAUGAAACCGAUCUAGCAACCAAAAAUUCACUGUUCUACGACGUGGGAAUAAUGUGUGCAACACAGGGAGGCAAAGAGAGAACCAAAGAAGAAUUCGAAGUUUUGGCUAUGAAAGCAGGUUUUAACCUCCCAAAUAUCAUUUACGGCGCUUACUCUUUUUGGAUCCUUGAAUUAUAUGCAGAUUGAAAUGGAAUUUCUAUUUGAAAGAUACUCUUCGUUUUUCAAGCUAUUUAAAAGAAAAAAAAAAUGUGGUUGUACGUGGUCGGGUUUGUGUUCCUUGAAUAUUUAUAUAUAUUUGAAUAUGAUUAUUAAGUUGCUGUCAAAUUUUCUAUUUUUCCUUAAAGUUGCUGUCAAACUGACUAUUUUAGUAGAAAAAAAAAUCCAUGGUCUCAUAUUCUCAUUAAUCAAAA